AUGGCGCUAACUGCAGCUGCCACCCACGCCUCCCGCGCGCUCCCACGGCGGCGCCACCGCCGCGCUCCGGCUCCGUCCACCCGCCUCCCCCUUCCCCUCUCCACGCCGCCACCGCCACCGCCACCGCCACCGCCGCCGCGUCCGUCGACCCUCGACCGUGUGCUCUCGGACCUGGAGGCCCAGCCGCGCCUCCUCACGCCGUCCCUCCUCGCGCCCCUCCUCGCCGCGCUCCCGCUCCACCCGGCCCCGCGCCGCCGCCUCGCGGCCCUCCGCGGCCGCCUGCCGGUCUCCCUCCGCCGCCGCCACCCGGACCUCGCGCUGCGCCUCCUCCACAUCCACGCCUCCCUCGGCCUCCUCGCGUACGCGCACCACAUCUUCGACCACCUCCUCCCCGCGCGCACCCGUCGGGAGCGCGCGUUCCCGUGGAACUGCCUCGUCGUCGGAUACGCCAGCGUCGGCCGCCACGACGACGCGCUCGCGCUCUACCUCCAGAUGGACGAGGAGGGCGCGCCGCGCGACGGGUUCACCUUCGAGAGCGCGCUUCGGGCCUGCUCCGGCGCCCUAUCCGCCGAGCUCGGUCGGGCCGUGCACCGCGACGCCCUCACAGCCGGCCUCGCCGCCGACGUCUCCGUGUGCGACGCCCUCGUGGAGAUGUACGCCCAGUGCGGCGACAUGGAGAUGGCGUGCCAGGUGUUCGACGCAAUGCCGGAGAGGGACGCCGUCUCAUGGAACAUCUUGCUUGGUGGCUUGCUGGGGCACGGUGGCCUCUCUGCUCAGGCAACGGAGGCCUGGAGGAGGAUGCUCGGAGAAGGGCACAAGCCCGACUCCGUCGUGCUGUCGGCGAUGCUCUGGCAUCACCCUGGUGAUGGCAAACAGGGACGGGAGGUUCAUGCCUGGGUGAUCCGUCAUUGGCUUGAGACGGAGUUAUCAGUGGCAAACGCUCUGAUUGGAAUGUACUCCAGAAAGAACCGAGCGGCUCUUCCUAGCACCCGGCCACAGCCCCGCCGGCCACCACGUCGGCGACCGACGAUGACGACUGCCACGGCGACGGAGACGGCUGCGGCCCUGAAUGAGGGCGCUCGCGCCGGGAUGGACAAGUACGAGGAGGUGCGGGACAUCGGGUCGGGAAACUUCGGGGUGGCCCGGCUGAUGCGCAACCGCGAGAACGACGGGCUCGUCGCCAUCAAGCUCAUCGAGCGCGGCCACCGGGUCGGCCUUAGAAUGGUGGAAAGAAGGCAACAGAGAACGGAAAUGCAAAGAAGAGAGAUAGGGACAAGGAAGACAGAGUCCGGGAGAGGGAUUCAAGUGCCCGGCAGAAGAGAUGUGCUGGGAAAAGUUUCAGCUGAUCGAGUAGCACAAUACCUCCAGGAAGAAGAAUUGAAAUGCGACGCAAUUACAGAAGUACCAAGGAGUGAUACAGACAAUGAUGUGGAGAUUGAUCAUGGAGCAUUCAGCUGGGAACUUGAAAACACAUCUCCAACUAUAACAGAUGUAAAUUUAAAAGUAAAGAGAGGGAUGAAAGUAGCAAUAUGUGGAAUGGUCGGCUCUGGGAAAUCCAGUCUAUUAUCAUGCAUACUUGGGGAGAUGCCUAGGUUAGCCGGGGCUGUGAGGGUCAGUGGGAGCAGAGCAUAUGUUCCUCAGACUGCAUGGAUCCUGUCUGGGAACAUCAGAGACAACAUUCUGUUUGGAAACCCGUAUGACAAGGAAAAGUACCAAAAGAUAAUACAAGCUUGUGCAUUGACAAAAGAUCUUGAGCUAUUUGCAAAAGGUGAUUUGACGGAGAUUGGAGAAAGAGGAAUUAACAUGAGUGGUGGACAGAAGCAGAGGAUUCAGAUUGCAAGGUCAGUGUACGAGGAUGCAUAUAUAUACCUCUUUGAUGAUCCCUUCAGUGCAGUAGAUGCUCACACUGGAGCCCAAUUUUUCAAGUUAACUUGA